AUGACUUGUCAUAUGACAAUAUGUUAUUUAUUUUUAAAUGACAAUGUGCCAUUACUGCCUCAGAGUGGUUUGAUAACUCAACAGAACCAGUUUACAUUCAUGUUUGAAAAACACAGAAAAAUUAUCAUAAAGAUCAAUAAAAAUAAUUCACUAAUAAAAAUUAGUGCUGCUAAAGAUAACAGAUACUCUUUUAUGCUUAUUGCUAUAGAAACUACAAUCAAACAAGAAGAUUCUAAU